UGUUUAUUUCAUUUACGUCUGGUGGACGCAGUGCUUGUAUCUGUCUUGAGGAAAUCGGAGCAACGUCGAGGGCUUUUUUUCCUUAUGCUUAGAGCAGUUACACACUCUUGAGCCUUGGCAGAUGGUAGUUUUCCCCCAAGCCUUCCAAAGAUGCGGCCCUUUCCAAUUCCCAGAGUUCCCACCCUGUUGGGAAUUAGGGAUGCCGUUUUUUUUUUUCUUUAAGAGAUCUCCAUGUUGCGAAAGAUCGACCCCUUGGUCACUACAGCUGGUUUGCUCAAAGUAGAAGAAUCACCUCUAAUUUUAAUUUUUCACACCGAGUUCCUGCUUCUUUUGUGCGUUUGUCUUAGUGAAUAUGAAACUGAACUGCGCAGCUACUCUUUCUUCCUCUUUUAAAAGAAAGGAAUAAAUAAAGGAAACGGAGAAAUCUAUACAGACUAUUGGUGAAGAACAAGCUCAGAAUCCAUAUACUGAGCUUCUUGUGCUGAAAAGUCACCAUGAUAUAGUGCGUUUUCUAGUGGCAAUUGAUGACUACCGGAAAUAGACAAGAUUAUAGAGGAUGGUGAUCAUGACUGGAAAAGAAUCAGAUGACCCAUGAAACACCAACUUGGUUUGCAUCCGCUGGUGAUGAUGGAAUUGUAUGUCUCUGGAAUGUUCAGACUGGAGAAAAGUUAUUUGAGCUACAUGCACAUACACAAAAAAUAACAGCUCUUGCAGCUUUUCCUUUGUCAGAUACCUGUGAAGAAAAAUGCCACAUGAUUUUGACAGCAAGUGCUGACAGAACCGUAGUUGUUUGGGAUUGUGACAAUGGCAGACAAAUUCACAGGGUAUCUUGUUUUCAUUCCACCGUAAAGUGUUUGACUGUUCUUCAAAGAAUGGAUAUAUGGCUUUCUGGAGGAAGUGAUUUGUGUGUUUGGAACCGAAAAUUAGACCUCUUGUGUAAAACAAGUCAUCUAAUUGAUGCAGACAUCACUGCUAUGAUUGAAUUGCCGAAAAAUUGUGUGGCAGCAGCUAUUGGCAAAGAAUUGAUAAUUCUAAGAUUGAAAGCUUCCAGAGAUGGAACCGAAUGGGAUGUGUCUGAAAUAAAACGACUUAUUGAUCACCAGGAUAAUAUUGUGUCAUUGGUCAGUGUCAGUGAUUUGAUUUUUGCGACUGGCUCUCAUGCUGGUGAAAUGAUUGUGUGGGAUUCAUUGGACUGGACAAUGCGAGCCUAUGAAUGCAGUUGGGAUGCAUCUCUUCAUGUGAACCCCCAGCAAGAAAUAAAAUUAUCACAAAGUCAAAGUGAAAUGUCAGUUCAAGAUUUAACUUCUGAUAAUGAGUGUGUUUUUGCUGCUGUUGGUAAAGGGAUAUAUGUAUAUAACCUUCAGAUGAAACGUGUGAUUGCCUUCCAGAAGACUGCUCAUGAUUCCACUGUCCUGCAUAUUACCAACAUUCCCAAAAGGAAAUUAAUAUCUUGUUCAGAAGAUGGUAGUGUUCGUAUGUGGGAAUUACAUGAAAAACAACAUCUUACAGCUGAACCUGUUCCAUCAGGUUUUUUCAAUAUCUGGGGAUUUAGUAGGACAAACAAGCAAGCAAAUCACACAGCUAAAAAGGCACCAGAGAGUGCUACUAUUUUUUCCCUUGACCUUACUGGGGAUCUGAUUGGACACUCUGCAGCUGUGCAGAUGUUCCUUUAUUUUGGUGAGCAUGGCCUAGCAACAUGUUCUGCUGAUCACCUUAUUAUUCUAUGGAAAGAUGGAGAACGAGAGUCAAGACUGCGCAGCUUAAUAUUAUUUCAUCAGUUGGAACAAAUUGAAGAUUUGCACUUAAGGUCUAUCAAAGAAGGUACCGAGUUUUCAAUGAAAAAUGAGAAGAUAACUAAUGUGUUCUACCAUACUUUCCAGCAUUCAUAAAAGAAACAGAAGAGAAAACUAACAAGCUACAUCAUGGAUGGCAACAUUUGUUAUCUGAAUUCUGCUACUUAGACCACCUAGCAAGAUGCGAAGUAGAAGAACAGAAUUAAAUUAUUUCAACCCCUUCAGUGCAGGGAUUUAAGGGU